GCAAUUAUUCGCUUGACAUUUAUUUGUUAUCAGAUUUGAAAAUCAAAAAGUUCGAUUAUUAAUUCAUUUUUGCACGUAUAAAUUGUAUUAAUAACUUAACUACCACUAAGCGGUGGUCUUAAUUACCUUCACCACGUUCAAGUUACCAUUUGUUGUUCUGUAGCUGAUGGCUUUUUCAAAUGACAUUUCGCUCUGGAAUCAGUUUUAUUGUCGGUCUUUUUUUUGUGAAACGAAGAUUUGUUGAAAUAAUCGGGCGAGGAAACCCACAAAGAAAAACUUUAAACCACAUCCAUGGUCCAUAUUUGCGGGACUUACUACCGAAAGUUAAGGACAUGAAAAUGUUCGGCAUCCGUCAUCGGCACGAUGAGUUCAUUCUUAUUAAAUUCAUCAAAUAGAAAUAUCAUAUCUCAAUCAUAGCGGUGUGCGCUAGUCUUCCAGGCCCGUUUGGAACAUAAAAGGCCUGGAUUAGACUUGAAGUUUGUCGCUUUAUUACUACGAUGCAGGAUUCCUCUCACGACUGCAUCUACUUCGUCGGGGAGCUCCUAUCAUACGAAUUGUGGGACUAAUCGUAUUUUAAAAAUUUCCACGUCGGGUUCCCUGUCUGGUACUAUAAAAAUUAAAAAUUUGCGAUGUCUUCAGACGACGAAAAACCACCGGCGCCCCCUGUGAGGCUAAUGUCAAACAGAGGCACCGAAUUCGUCAAUACGAUAACGGUGGACAGACCAUUGCCUAAAGAGCCCGACGACGCGGACCGAAAAAAGAAAAAUUUAAAAGCCAAAAAGGCGUCGACCAUAUCGAAAUACUCCUCCGACAAGCCUAACAUUUCUUACCCUACGAAUUUUGAACAUACUGUCCAUGUAGGUUUCGAUCCCAUAUCUGGAGAAUUUACGGGCAUGCCGGAGGCGUGGUCUCGGUUACUGAUGAACUCAAACAUCAGCAAACAGGAGCAGAAGAAUAACCCCCAGGCGGUACUCGACGUACUCAACUGGUAUGAUAAUAGCUCGAAGGAGCCGCCCAUCACCAAAUACAUGACUAAGACGAACGCGGCAACUCAUUCGGGCUCGUCGCUGAGUCGGGUGUCAAGUUCUAGCCCUAGUAGUACCACACCGACAGACGUGGAAGGCGCACAUCACUCCUACAGCCCCGCCCACGCUACCAGUUCCGAAAUCGAUGACGAUUUACCCCCACCACCGCCGAUUGCAAGCCGACCUGAACGCACGAAGAGCAUCUACACGAAACCGGUGGUCGAAGAGGAAAAACUCCCGGAGAAGCAGCCCUCGCCUGUUACCAUCUCUUCUCCGACGACCAACAACAGCUCGACCGCAAUUUUAGACAAAAACAAAAACCCUCCAGUUAUAGAGAUGUCCCGCGCCGCGUCAGAAAAACGCAAGAAGAAAAUGACAGACGAGGAAAUUCUGGAGAAGCUGCGCAGCAUCGUGUCCGUAGGCGACCCCAAUCGGAAAUACACCAAGCUGGAUAAGAUCGGACAGGGGGCCUCGGGUACAGUAUACACCGCCAUAGAGACUGGUACUGGUAUGGAGGUGGCCAUAAAACAGAUGAACCUGUCCCAGCAGCCCAAGAAGGAACUGAUUAUCAAUGAGAUCCUGGUAAUGCGAGAAAACAAACAUGGCAACGUCGUAAACUACCUGGACAGUUACCUGGUGAACGAGGAACUCUGGGUUGUGAUGGAAUAUCUGCCGGGCGGCUCUUUGACCGAUGUUGUCACCGAGACAUGUAUGGAUGAAGGGCAGAUCGCCGCGGUAUGCCGCGAAGUACUCCAGGCGUUGGAUUUCCUUCAUUCGAACCAGGUCAUACACAGAGAUAUCAAGUCCGAUAACAUUCUGCUGGGGCUGGAUGGGUCAGUGAAACUGACCGAUUUCGGGUUCUGCGCCCAGAUCAGUCCGGAACAAUCGAAACGCACGACCAUGGUCGGUACGCCUUACUGGAUGGCCCCCGAGGUGGUUACGAGAAAACAUUAUGGUCCCAAGGUGGAUAUUUGGUCUCUAGGUAUCAUGGCGAUCGAGAUGAUCGAGGGUGAACCGCCCUAUUUGAACGAGAACCCUCUGAGGGCGUUGUAUUUGAUAGCGACUCACGGAAAACCCGAGAUCAAGGAAAAGGAGAAGCUGUCGGCGCCGUUUCAGAAUUUUCUUGACCAAUGUCUUGCGGUCGAGGUGGAGGACAGGUCUUCCGCGCGCGACCUCUUGAAACAUCCGUUCUUGAAAUUGGCCAGGCCCUUGGCCAGCCUGACGCCUUUGAUAUUGGCCGCCAAAGAGGCCGCUUCCAAGCAGCAUUAGCGCGCAAGAGAGUGAGACCUGUGCGCGCCGCCGCGACAGUUUCUUAUUUGUAUAGUGUAAAUGCGAGGUCGCGGUUCUAGUACUAGGACUUUUUUUUUGUAGGUUACGUGACGUCAAACCGUGCCUAAUUUCACAAUAACGCUCGAGUAUAUAUACAUAUAUAUAUAGAGUUGUGAGGUGCCGGUAAUGUGUGGAUUUGUUUGCCUAGUGAUGUUUAUUUUAUUUUUUUUGUAAAGGUACGCGCACAUAUAACGGCAUUAUUACGGCAGCGACGUAUGUACAUAUGUGCGGACGGCACGCAUCGGAGAUUGCGUCGGCAUUCUGCAAGUCUCUGCCUACAGAAGAGCCGAAAAAUCAGUUUUGAUUAAUUUUAACGGAAAUUUGUUAUUGCAUUGAGUUCAAAAUUAUAAAGAACUGUAUGAUGUAUAAGUAAUAGGUAUUACAUUAAAUAUCAAAGAAAAUUUAGCAUGUUUCAUGAAUCCAUACAGCUCGUCUACGCUGUCUUCGUUUUUGAAUUUGGAAUUGAAUUGAAUUGUAAUGGCCACUUCCUUACCUCUCGAAGACAUAUUCAAAACUGAUUUUUAAUUCUUCCGACGAUGCCAUACUAUACCCUGAUUAAAGGUCGGUUCAUAUAUACCUUUCCCGUAAUUCAUUACACUUGACUUCAUUGAGCCCCAAAAUGUAGCGUUAAAAAGUUUUCGUGUUUUCUUACGUAGCAGAUCUCAUUUGCGCUACGCCUCGCUUGAUCUUCGUGGUGCUUGACACGUUCAAUUGUCUGUAGGGUUUUCCAUGCGGUUGAAGUGCAUCGCCGCUCGAUCAAAUAGAAAUGUGAAUCCCAAUAUGAUGAAAUAAGCGUGUAGAGGGCAAUGAUUUUUUGGUUCAUAUUCGACUAGAUAUGUGCGGGAUUAGUAGUCACAAAAACACUGACCUGGAUGAACGGCAGAAGAGUUGAACAAUUUAUUAGUUAGGGAAUAUGAAGAGAUGUAUAACAUAAGCAACAAAAAUUAUACCAAUCAUAUAUGUAGCCAGUAUCUAUGGUGUUUUCUUUUCUCACGUUGUUCGUAAUGACAGACUAAUGCUAAAACAAAUGGUUGAACUGGUAAAUAUAAGAACUGCUUGUACUUAACAUUUCGAUUGCGUUUCUGUGGUUUCGCAUGUCUCGAUUUGAAGCUUGUAUGUGAAUUCAUCUCGGCAAAUUAAAGCUUUGUCACGAAGCUAAGUUCAGCACAGUGAACCUCGUCGACGCAUAUAUAAGAACCGGCCUUUAAUGUCCGUAGCACGCCGCCCGCGUCGUCCGUAGCAUCCGUUUAUGUGCGCGAAUCUUAAAUCCGCAUCGAAUCAACCCCAAUUUUAAUUUGAGCGUAAGUCUGCAAGCCAAUAUGACCUGUCUGACAGUCGGAAAAGCUACGGUGGAAGAAACCCCGUGAAAAAUUGUUUUUUUUAAAAGCUGACGUCACAUGCUAGUAAAAAGCGUACUUGAUGAUGGUUCCAAUAUUUUAAGACUUGCCAUCUGUGAUAAAAUUACGGUUCUGUUAGAAAAAGCCAGUUGCAUUUGUAUCCCGUCUUAAGGUGAAGCCCUUCAAGGCAUUUUUUAAAUUAAUGGAACGUUGACUUUUUUUAAAUAUUCGUAUAGCUUCUUCGUCGUUAUUUAUUCAUAUUCACAAAUAUAUCGUGUAGAUGUUUGCGGUUUGAUAUUUAUUUACAAUCUUGUGACGUCAUUUGAAUAACUUCGCUACAUUUUUAUCCUGAAAUACGUAAAAUAUUUGAAAGCACAAUCGAUGUAUAAGGAUACCAUUAAAAAAUCAUGGAAUAUUUGUCAAGUGUUAGGCGCGGACCUUUUCCACUGUAAUUUUUGUUUGACUCUUUUUUACGAUUUAUAGCCCUUUUUUGCUUUUUACAAAACUUCUGGAUUCCUCCUGCGUCGGUUUUUGCUUAGUCGAAAUUGCUACUAAGCAAAAACCGACGCAGGAGGAAUCCAGAAGUUUUGUAAAAAGCAUUACAGUAGCCCCUGGAAGUUUCUUUUAAAAAUUAAUAGCCCUAUUUUGUUUGGUUAUGUUUCCGGUAUUCGGCUGUCCUUUAUACAAUUCCAAAAUGGAAGUUUAAACUGCUCGAGUUAUCAUGUCACUGUGAUAAUUUCAUGGCCCCCGAGUGUACGCCCGGCUUGUGCCGGGGAGCGAAGCGACGGAUGUUAUACGGUUUUCUUAGCGGUGUACUAUUUUUAUAUACGCGAAUUGUAACGAAUCAUAAAAAAACAAUAUUUUAGGUCCCAUACUUUUUAAGUUAGCUAAGUAGCUAAGCUUUUAUAUAAUUAUUCCAGUGAAAACGUUUUUAUCCAGCGCCAUUACAGAAUAUGUUGGGUUGAUCGGGCACCACCCGCAAGGGUGAACCCGUCCUCGCCGCCCAAUGCGUACGUAUUUUUAAAUUGUGUAAAUUCAAGAUUAUACAUUCUAUUUGACAAAGUACGAGUGAAUGUUUUCGAGACAAAACGCCAUACUGUCGCCAGUUAAAAAAAUGAAAUUUACAAAAUAGUUUGACGGUUUUAAUAAAAAAUUAUGUUAUGAUUAUGCAACAAAUACAUUUUGUA